AUGUCUCAAAUGUUUGUGUCUCAACUGUCGAGUCUGUUGAUAGAUGCCAUACCAGCAAAAAUAAAACUAGAAGACACUCUUUCCUUUGUAUCGACUGGAAAUAGUUACAGAAGCCUCAGUCAUCUGUUUCGGUUGCCAAAAUCAUCUAUAUCGCAAAUCAUAUCCGAAGUUUGUCAAGAAAUAAAAAGGGCAUUAAAAGAUCACAUCAAGGUACCAAGUACGCCACACGAAUGGGAACAAAUCGAAAAAGGAUUUCGGAAUAAGUGGAACUUUCCCCUUUGCUACGGAGCGCUUGAUGGAAAGCAUAUUAACAUUACGGGCUCCAAGGAGUAUGGAAGUGUGAAUUUUAAUUAUAAAAAAGACAAUAGUAUUGUUUUAAUGGCACUUGUAGACCACGAUUAUUGUUUUACCUAUAUCAACGUAGGAGCAAAUGGAAGUGCAUCUGAUGGUGGUAUUUUAAAAAACUGUUCUAUCUAUAGUUUGAUUGAAGGUACAUGGAGAACGGAGGUACGCGCUUUAAACAGUAUCACACAUCAAGGCAGUAACCAUUCAUCGUCAAGUGCAAGAGAGAAAAGAACGCAGUAUACUAUUUUUUUUGUGAAUGAAGGAAAAGUACCAUGGCAAAAUAAUAUGAUUCAUUAA